AUGGCGCUACAACAUGCGCCCCGUACCUUUGCCCGAUUCAUACACAUAUUUCAGAUAAAGCGGGGCUUGGCAGACGGUUUGAACUCCGGUGCACACCGUCGUAGCUCCUGUGUACCAACAGAAGCCCCGGAGUGUCCGCCUUGCGAGCCGCGGCCGCCGCCGUCGUGCCGCGAGCCUACCACCUCGUGCCCCAGCGGGCUGCGCGUCAUGUGCUGUGCGCUGCCCGUAGGCCAGCGCCCGCCCUGCCACCCACCACAAUCUCCUGUUUCAUUCACUUGCAAUAAUAUUAACAAACGGGAAAAAAUAAGUACAAAUUGCAAAAUCGAAGUCGAAGGCUGUAGUUCGAAUGCAUGUGGAACACAACUAGAUCGGGUCGCACGACGUCUUGAGGCGGCAGAGCGUAUACGUCGCUUGGAAUAUGAAUGUGAGGUAGCAAAAAAACUAUCAUCGACUCCAAUAGCGACGCCCACAUAUUCUUAUCAUUUGGCAGAAGAGCGUGAAUGUAUGCGCGCAACUGACGGCCACGACUAUACAAUGACAAAGUUAAAUAAAAACGAGAGGCGCUGUGAUGCCUUUCGCAAUCCUCCGCCACCAUGUCCUAUUCCUCUGGAACCUGUUGACAACUGUAAAAUCAAACGAGAUACUCACCUUGAUCCUUGCUCGCAUCAUCCUCGCAUAUUUGUUGAAAUCGAUAGGUCACAAUCUCUUGCGCCUUCUACAAAACCCUCAGUUCCACCUGCUUAUGGUAGUACUGAUACUACUCCAAAACGAACCACAUCUUCUGGGAAUUUAACAUCACGUAUUAUUGAAAGUUUUAAACACCAUGAAAGUAAAUCUGAAGUUCGUGAAGCUAAUGCACCCGAAAAUAUUGAAACAGAUUCAAAACGUGGCAUCAAUCAAAAUUUAUGUUCAAAAUUUCCUCUUCCCAAACAUGUUCCACCACGUUGUAAAGAACCUUCACUCAUCGAACGAUUACGGCGUCGAGGGGCUAGAAGUAACACAGACAAUCCUCGUCGGCAGCUUCAUACAGGAACGUAUAUUUUUGAUUAUAGGCGUUCUCAUUCUUCAUCGAAUCCAAUGGCUUUUCAACAAAAAGUAAGUAGUAAUGAAGACAAACUGAAUUUACUAUUACAAGAAAGGUCACAGCUUUCAGAAGUAGGACGAGGUCGAGUAACUACUAGUCAUAAAAAUAUGAAAGACGAUAAAUGCAUAGGUGCUGGAGGCAUUGAAUUAAAAGUUCCGCCAUCAACUGAAGCUGUUCGAGUUCGAGUGUUGCUUGAUUUUGACGCUGCCAUGCCCAUGUCUUGUGCAAAAAAUACAGUAUUAGAUCCUGCCAGCAAUAGAUACAAUAAUGUUACAAAUGGAUCUGAGACAUGGCUAUCAAUUAAGAAUCUUCAAAAAAAAUUAAAAGGACGUAGAAAAAGUGAAAAUAUGAUUGAGCCAAAGAAAGCAGAUGAACGUAAAACCUGCACAGAACCAAAAGCAAGUCGACCUAGACAGAAUCCCUGCGCUCCUGCAAAUGCAACAUCCAAAACAAGUCAUACUCCCACGUGUCCAAAAUCAUCUCACCGAUCAAGUAGCCCCUCUCCGUGUAAUCAACGACCUUCAAAAUCGACAACAAAAUUUAUUGAUACUCAAAAUUAUCCUAUUUUUCCAUUU